AUGAACUAUUUUAAAUUUUUCGACGAAUAUAUAAAACGUGUUCCGGAAGCCACACCUGAGCAAAUCAACGAAGCCUUUAAAAUUAGCAGUAAGUUGAGCUGUAUUAUUGACUUCCAAAAAACUCUACAGUCUGACCAUAUCAGUUCCGGAAAAUUAAAAGUCGCUAAUUCUUUCCCCGAAGGCCUACCAUAUAAAGGACCGAAACCCUUACUCUAUGGUACAGGUUCGAAAUGGGUGUACCAACCGGAUCAACAUUUGCAUGAAAUGUUGCGGGACGUAAACUUUCUUAAUAAAAAUAAUGACAAAAGUUAUAUUCAAAUGUACCUUUUCCUAUCCGGAGCUGGUACUGGUAAGUCUAGAAACGCAGAGGAAUUCCAAAAGACUGCAUUAGAAUGUUUAUCAGACGAUACGGAUUCAGAAUUGAAGAAACGAAUUCAGAAUGCUUGGGUGUUCAAGGUUAGCUUCGAAAAUGGUGAUAGUAUGAGGCAAGGUGUGGAAUCGAGCGCGUAUCGUGCUAUUGGUACACGAAUGCUUUCACAACUUCUUCCAGACCAGCAUUUGGAUCUAAUUAUUGCGAAUUACAAGGCGCCACUUCCAUGGGAAGUUAUCCAAUUGGUUGCAAAUCAUGAAAAACGCAAUCUGAAUGAUAUUACUAUUUUUUUAAUCAUUGAUGGCUUGCAGAACAUUAUUCGUUCGAUUGAUGAUUGGAAUAUCCGAACAUCUGAGUUUUUCAAAACAAUAACAAACAUACACGACCUUGCUCUGAAGGAUGUCUUUUUGAUUCCUUUGUGUACUGCAACUGUUACUGGUUCCGUUGAUAAUGUAUUGAAUAUUACACAUCGUAAACGAGUAUUCCUACCAAUCGCUUCUUUAAAUCCCCCGAACGUUUAUAAAGAUGGUGCUUUGACUUCUGUUUUUCAAUCAGACGAUUAUAUCAUUGAAAUUUUAAUAAGCGAUUGCGGUGGACAUGGAAGAGCACUUGAAGCUCUCCAAGACAUCUUGGAAAAAUGGGACAUUAAAAAUACAAAUAUUAAUGAUUUUAUGAAUGAUUUGCGAAUUCGGCUUCGCGACAGAUAUAAGCCUGAUCAAUAUAUCCCAGGUACGCAAAAAUACCCUUCACAUAUUGUACAGCCCGGACUACUUCGUUACGAAUUUGAAGAUGAUUCCAAAGCGGGCUAUUUGACUGCUCCUUAUGUCUGGGUGUGGAUUUUAACGGAAUCUUCUGAUGGUUGCAAAGAUCCAGUACUUAGAGACUGGUGUUUUUGUGACUACGAAGAUCACAAAUCAAAGAAAAGCCCAUCUAGUCCAGCGUCUCAACUGUGGCAACGAUUUGAACAUUUCGUUGCAUCCUUCCGCUCGUUAAAAUCAAGAAACAUAAACGAUAAAGAAAUGACAACCAUGUCUGCCAUUCAUACCGGUGCGUAUUUGAAUGGUGGUGAGCUUCGAUUUGUGAAUCACCAUCUAGACUUGGAAUACGCAACCCACCAUGAAGAUACGAAUUCGGAUCAUUAUAUCGGAAGUAGACAUAUUCAAUGUGAGGAUGAUCGUACUGUGGAUGUUCGUGAAGGAAGAUAUUGCAUAAUAAACGGAACAUCUGCUCCAUACGGGGAUGCAUUUCUCGGAUUGGAUAUAAAAUCGAAUGACAAUCCAAAUGAAGUGCACCAGUAUAAGAAAUGGACAAAAAAAACUCUCAAUGGGUCUAAUUUCAUAGAAGAACGCGAGAAAUCAUCGUCGUCAAGAGAUUUUUUUCUGCUUUUUACUACAACAAAGGUGAAUAAUUUCAAGUUGCCAGAAAACUCUGGCUUAGUAGAUUCAUCCAAUUGGCGUAAAUACUUUGGGGCAUUCGCAGGUAGGGAGUUCGCCUACGCUAAUGUAGGCCCUUUGAAUAUCAACACUGCAGAUAAAAGAGAACUCCAGCUAGUGAAAGGGAUCGACAAAAAACGAGCAGAUAUUAUCAUAAAUAAGAGAAAGUUCAGAGACCUUGAUGAUGCAUGUGCUGAGAUAGGAAUAUCAAUGUCUGUGUUAAAAAGAUUCAAAUGUGAAUAA